AUGGGGAAUUGUCAAGCUGCUGAAUCGGCUACUGUUAUGAUUCAUCACCCGGGGAACAAGAUCGAGAGAAUUUACUGGUCUGUUAGUGCUCAUGAGGUUAUGAACUCUAAUCCUGGUCAUUAUGUUGCUCUUAUUGUCUCAUCUCCUACUAUUAAGUCUGAGAAUGGUACACCGUCCAAACAUCUCAAGCUUCUUCGACCUGAUGACACUUUGCUCAUUGGUCAGGUUUACCGAUUGAUCAGCUUUGAAGAUGUAUUGAAGGAGUUUACUUCAAAGAAAUGUGGUAAACUCGGAAAAUUGCUUAAGGAGAGUGGUAAUCAUGGGGUUCAGAUGAAGCACAAAGAUUCCAGAGGUCCGAAUCCUAGUCCCAGUUCCAAAUCUGAGUAUGGUCAAGUUAAGGUCGAACAGGAAACCCAAGGAAUGGAAAACAGUGGAAGCAGCAGACGCAAUAACAAAGUUGUUGGAAGGCAUUUGGUUGGUGGAAGUGGGCAAUGGAGGCCAGCCUUACAGAGCAUUGCAGAAUUUGGAACUUAA